GCAGCACGUGCUGCUCUGCCGCGCGCCGUCAGCAGGUGGCGCGCGGACACAAAACGCAGCCGCAGUGUGUUUCCAGAUAAAUGGCUCAAUUAUCACCGCGGCACCCUCCUCUCCUGCCUCCUCUCUGACGCGACACGCCCCGGGUUGCUGCCUGUGUCAAAGCUUUUAUUUUGGUAACAGCACAUGGCACUGCCGCGAGCUCGUCCCAGUGAUACCACUGCGCGCGCAGCCACAGGUGGUGUUCGUGCGUGCCACCUUAACGUCUGACACCGCAGAAGAGAGACGGAGAGACGCGGGAGCAGCAGCGCUUCAUCUUUCCUACACAGACGGAGGAAACUCAUAAAGAGGUUUUAUUUUGCUCGCAUUUUGGAGGCAGUUGUUGUUGUUUCAGGCCCGAGUUGUGCGUGCUGUGCGUGCGCUGCGUUGUUUUGUCGUGGAGCGCUCAGAGAUUUGAGCAGGUGGAGAAUUAAAUCACGCUGCACUCACCUCGGGUUUUGACAACAGUGUGUGCUGAGUUGAUCAUCAAAUGGUGCUGACGGUGAACCUUACCGGCCCUUCACCAUGGGGCUUCAGAAUAUUCGGAGGAAGGGACUUCAAGAAGGCCAUAACCGUAUCAAAGGUCAACGGGGGCAGCAAGGCAGAGCGGGCAGACCUUCAACCUGGCGACAUUAUCUUGGAGAUCAACGGGGAAAACACGGCCGACAUGCUGAACGUGGAGGCCCAGAACAAGAUCAAGAACUCCAAGACCCAGCUGCAGCUGGUGGUGGAGAGACCUGAACCCCCCAGCCCUGGACAGACCAACGGCAUCAGCACUCCUGAGCAGCUCACCGGACGCUUCCAGGAGGCAGUGAUAGUGAGUCGAGAUGAGAAUCAAAACUACAGAGAAUACACCAUCUCCAGCCCUGCUUCGCUCUCCCCUGGACCUUAUUCACCAGAUCCUCCUGCCAGCCCCGACGGCAAGAGGGAGAGGCUGACACCGACCACCAACAGGAGUGUCCAGCUGCGCUCUUGGUCUCCAGAGGAGAGGAGUUACAGGCUGUCCAGGCCCCUGUCUCAGGAGUUCUCCCCUUCAGACUACAGAAAUAACUCUGUGUCCAGCAGAACUCCGACCCCACCAGGACGCUACUCACCCCAUAGCCCCAUAGAUCGGGAUGUACCCAUGUCCCCCCGUCGCAGCAGUACGAGCUCAGACUUUGCCAUGCACAAGUUUGACAAGGAAUCUGAGGUGUACAAGAUGAUUCAGGAGAACAAGGAGUCCCGCACGGCGCCUCGUCAGUCCAACACCUUUAAAAUGCUGCAAGAGGUCCUGGAGGCUGACGAGAAAGAGGCGGCCCUGCGCUUCCCAGGGAAGCUCGCGCCCAACACCGCCAAACCAACCACGUCUGUAGGAGGGGUGAAAAAGACCCACAUCUGUGAGAAGUGUGGCACCAGCAUUGUCACUGUGGCUGUGCGCAUCACGGACGACCACUUCCGCCACUCAGAGUGCUACACCUGCACAGAUUGCGGCCUUAACCUUAUGAUGAGAGGUCACUUUUGGGUCGGAGAUGUGAUGUACUGUGAGAAGCACGCCAAAGAGAGGCACCAAGGCCAAGCUAGUUCCCCUCGAGCCACCGUGUCCCCUCGCCAAUGAGUACGCCGCUCCACACCCGCCCCCGUUCUCUGGACGUAGACUUCUGCUUGUCUGCCUGAAGCUCCACCUCAUCUGACUCAGUUAAUAGACUUGGGGAUGGGACGUGGAGGUGGACACUGGUCAACCUUAUGGCACAGGAUGUUCUUUUCUGACCACAUUUAACCACACUUUGCAAUAUUAUAAUUCACUUUUUUGCCUUUCUUGUAAUUGUAUGAGAAUUGGGGCUUUGUUUUUCAUAUGGCCCGGCCUCCACAGUCUCUUUAGGUUAUUCUUAGCUCUAACCAUGCACAGCUGCCGUGGACUCAUCAAACUGUACUGAGGCCAGAUUUACACAACACCAACACUUUAGACAAACUCAACAGGACUGGCUCUCUGACUCUCUGAAGAUCUGGAUCAUCAUUUGAAUCUCCUGCUGACACAACGGGACCAAAAUCUCACCUUACACUGCACGCCAUUUUCAAGAUUUACUGUACACAGACACAGUGUUGUGUGUGGAGGUGUGAAUGGGUUUCACAUGCAGAUGUGUGGUGGCCUCUGCAUGCCUUCCUUGCAUCUGUGUGUGUGUGUGUGUGAGAGAGAGAGAGACUGUGUGUGUGCAUUGGAGAGCGAGAGAAGGGAAGUGGGGUUCAAGUUGUUACAGAUGGAAAGGAGUAUGUGAAUUCUGCGCUGGAGUCAGGCCAAAAGCCCUCGAGUUCUUCUGUAUUUCUUUUGUAAGCAGAAUUUCUGAGUAGAAAUAAUGAAAAAAUACAUAUAUGCUGACUUGUUUUGUUGCUUAUGAGGAACUAUAGAUUCAUUCAAUAUACAAAUAUUUUUGAUGUUUUUGUGAUUGAACUGUAUUCUAUAACAUAGACCAUUUAAAAUGCAUAAUGUAUGCACAGGACAUUUAGUGUGAAAAUAUUUGAUGAUGAUGCUACAUUUGUCCAGUUACAGCAGUACUCAGAGAUACACUAUAAUGUUCGCAUUUCAUGUGGCACUUAAUAAAAUCGCACAAACCUGAA